GCCACCGGGGACACCCGCGCUCGACCCACCCCCUCCCCGGGCACCUAUGAACGACUUUGCGAGCGGACCCCGUUAACGUGAGCUUAAUGCCAGGGAGGCAAAGCUUCGCCGGUGCUAUAGCGUGCUUGCUUGGAGACAGCACCCGACUUUCCAGAAGCUGAGUUCCAGACUUGAGCAGACCCAGGAGCCACCGAGAGAAUGGCUCAAUCGGAAGAACAAGGAGCUGUCCCCUGUUCCUUCAUCCGCCAGAAUUCCGGCAACUCCAUUUCCUUAGACUUCGAGCCUGACACAGAGUACCAGUUUGUGGAGCAGCUGGAAGAACGCUACAAGUGUGCCUUCUGCCACUCGGUGCUUCACAACCCCCACCAGACGGGCUGUGGGCACCGCUUCUGCCAGCACUGCAUCCUGUCUCUGAGGGAACGGAACACAGUGCCGAUCUGCCCCGUAGACAAGGAGGCCAUCAAGCCUCAGGAGGUGUUCAAAGACAACUGCUGCAAAAGGGAAGUCCUCAACUUAUAUGUCUACUGCAAGAACGCCCCUGGAUGUAAUGCCAGGGUGAUUCUGGGGCGAUUCCAGGAUCAUCUUCAACACUGCUCCUUCCAAGCCGUGCCCUGCCCCAACGAGAGCUGCCGGGAAGCCAUGCUCCGGAAGGAUCUGAAGGAGCACCUGAGUGCAUACUGCCAGUUCCGAGAGGAGAGGUGCCUUUACUGCAAGAGGGAUGUGGUGGUCACUGACUUGCAGGAUCACGAGGAAAACUUGUGUCCUGCAUACCCAGUGUCUUGUCCCAACAAGUGUCUGAGGACUAUUCCGAGAACUGAGGUGAAUGAACACCUUGCCGUAUGCCCUGAGGCGGAGCAAGACUGUCCCUUUCAGCACUAUGGCUGCACUGUCAAGGGGAAAAGGGGGAACUUGCAGGAACAUGAGCAGGCAGCCCUGCGGGACCACAUGCUUCUGGUUUUAGAGAAGAACUUCCAACUAGAACAGCAGAUCUCUGACUUAUAUCAGAGUCUGGAACAGAAAGAAAGCAAGAUCCAGCAGCUGGCAGACACCGUGAAGAAGUUCGAAAAGGAGUUUAAGCAGUUCACACAGAUGUUUGGCAGGAAUGGAAGUUUCCUCGCAAACGUCCAGGCUCUGACCAGUCACAUCGACAAGUCCGCCUGGCUGGAAGCGCAGGUGCGCCAGCUGCUGCAAAUAGUUAACCAGCAGCAAAAUAGAUUCGACCUGCACUCUCUGGUGGAAGCGAUUGACAGCGUGAAGCAGAAAGUCACCCUGCUGGAAGCCAGUGACCAGAGAUUAGUUGUUUUAGAGGGAGAGACCAGCAAGCAUGACGCACACAUUAAUAUCCACAAAGCCCAGCUGAAUAAGAACGAAGAAAGAUUUAAACUGCUGGAGGGCGCCUGCUACAGCGGCAAGCUCAUCUGGAAGGUGACAGAUUACAAGGCGAAGAAGAGGAAGGCCGUGGAGGGGCAUGUCGUGUCCGUCUUCAGCCAGCCUUUCUACACCAGCCGCUGUGGCUACCGGCUCUGUGCUAGGGCCUACCUGAAUGGGGACGGGUCUGGCAAGGGGACCCACUUGUCCCUGUACUUUGUGGUGAUGCGGGGUGAGUUUGACUCACUGUUGCAGUGGCCAUUCAGGCAGAGGGUGACCCUGAUGCUUUUGGACCAGAGUGGCAAGAAGAACCACAUUGUGGAGACCUUCAAAGCUGACCCCAACAGCAGCAGUUUCAGAAGACCUGACGGGGAGAUGAACAUUGCCUCUGGCUGUCCCCGCUUUGUGUCACAUUCUACCCUGGAGAAUUCCAAGAAUACUUACAUUAAAGAUGACACCCUGUUCCUGAAAGUGGCCGUGGAUUUAACUGACUUGGAGGAUCUGUAAAUGUUAACCGAUAAGAAAACUUCGGGCCCAGAAGAACAGGGGGCAGGUGGCUGUCCUUUAAGCCAGACCUCUAGACUGAACAUGCUUUUGUCAUCGGCCUUUUGCCUUUAGUGUCUGAGUGUUAUCGUUUUCUCUUGGAUCCUGGCCCUGGUUUGAAACUUAAAAUUCUUAGAAUAUUGCUGUUAUUUAUAUUUUUAUAUCUCCUGAGAAAUUAUAAUGAUCUUGGCAAUAAAGCCUCUCUCACUGA